CCGUGGCCUUCCUCUUCUCUGGCCUCUCUCAUUUUUUUUAUUUUUCCCACCUUUCUUUUCCCUUUCCUUUUCUUUUUCUUUCAUCCCCUUUUUGUCGAGCUCUGCAACGAAAGUCGAAGCAACAGAUCCGACCUGUCUAUUCGCAUCUCCACCUUCCUCCCUCCUUUCCUCUUCUUUUCUUUUCUUUUCUUUUCUAUUCUUUCUUUCCUUCCUUUCCUCUUGCUUUUUUUUUUGUUCUUUCCUUCCCUCUUUUCCUCUCUUCUUUUCUUUUUCGAUUCUUUCCUUCCCGCUCGGAGAAGUUUUCAGCCAUGAUCCUCCCUCAACACUCUCGGUCACACUCUUUCACUUCUCUCUACACCAUUCUCACUCUAAAAAACAUCCUCUCAACACUCCUUUCUUUCCCCUCAUUUUCGCUCAGCUGCACCCCAGCCCAGAACAACCACAAAACAAGGCCAUUUUUGUAGAAACACCACCCGUUUUUCGGCGACUACCCACCCGACUUAACCGACCCCCAAAUAAACCACAUACCCCCCACAUUUCUGACAUCUCGAGUCCAUUUCCGGUGUUAGUUUCGCGAUUUGGAGCACCCAGCUUCUUGUUCCAUAGUAGUUCAGAACUGAGCCCCUAGGUGGUCUUCCCGGUUUCUUGGCUUCUCCUUCCUCUCACGACUUAGGCGAGUCGUGCCAUCAUCCCAUGAAGGGUCACCUACGACCCACACUCUCCUCGUGAUGAGGGGUCAUGGCCCGAGAGCCGUUCCACCAGGCAAGUCAGCUGAGGGUAUAGCCACCCACGAGCUAUCUACAACCACAUCCAGGGAAAUCUUGGGAGCCGUGAGACGUUGUGCCCAACCACUAGUUCCAUCUCCACCAGCCCUUGCAAGCCAAGCUCCACUCGGGUCACUCUUGGUUCUCUUCCCUUCCUCUUGGGUCUGUUUUGUCCAGCAGCAGCUCCCGACUUCCACUAGCUCUCUCCCUCAUCCCAGCACAGCAAUCAAUACACAUUCGCCAAGUACCACCUUUCUUUGGCACCUGCAACACUGGGACCGCACAAGGACUCAUGCUCUCACGCACAUGCCCUUUAGCUAAAAGCUCAUCCACUUGCCUUUGAAGUUCCUUUGUCUUCUCCGGAUUCUUUCGAUAAGCUGGCCGGUUCGGAAUCGCGGCUCCUGGUACAAAGUCGAUUUGAUGCUCUAUUCCCCUUAUUGGUGGCAAACGAUCGGGUAAUUCCGUGGGAAAGACAUCUCCAAACUCCUGCAAAAGAGAGGUAACACAACUUGGUAAAGAAUAAUUAAGGUUAGAUAAAUAAGCCUCCUUGUAAACGAACAAGAUCAUUGGGCAAUUAGCUUUGAAUGCACUCUUGAUCUCUCUUUCUUUUGCA